UGGCACUCGGAGAACCUGGGAAAUUAGUUGCCUUUGACGUCUAGCUUAAAGGAAGGGAGAAGCAGGGAGGGUAGCAACCUGAAUCCACAGCCCAGCACAGCACAGCACAACCUAGCCCGGCCCGGCCCCAGCCAGCCAUGGGAGCCUGCCUUAGUCCCUCCGAAGACGGUAAGGAGAACGUUCAAGAAUUGGAGUGUUCUCUCGACGCUUCGUACAGUCCGCUCUUCUUCCAUCCUUACAUCAAAGGAUCCCAGGUUACCAUGGACGAAUCUUGCUGUACAGUAAGUCGGACGGACACCUUCCACGAUGGUAUCGUCUUCUCCAACCGGCCCGUAGAACUUUAUGAGAGAGUCACGUUGAAAAUCUUACAAGAGGACCAGAAGUGGCAGGGGGGUCUGCGGGUGGGCUUCACCUGGAAAGACCCCUGCCUUCAGUCGGGCGACCUGCCUCCGUUUGUGUGCCCGAACCUGGUCGCCCAAGGGAAGACUCGGGCGUGCGUUUUACCGGACGAGUAUAUCGAAGAAGAGACCAUUAUCAGCUUCUGGGUGGACAGCUGGGGCUGCGUUUUCUGCAGCACCAACCUUGAGGCCGAAGGGUCCUUCCUCUUCAACGGCGUCUCGGUUAAAUCUCCUCUUUGGGCGGUUGUGGACGUCUAUGGAAGAACCAAAGCAGUCCAACUUCUCGAUCCCACCUGCUUGGCGUUCCAAGAAAGGGCUGAAGAAAACGCCGUGGAAGAUUGCAUGGUCUGUUUUGCGUCCCAGGCCAGUACCAUGAUGUUCCCUUGUCAUCACACCGGCUUCUGCUCCAGGUGCUCCAUGAAGAUUUUCAGAACCAGCGGCUGCUGCCCCCUCUGUCGGGAAGCAGUGACGAAAAUCCUCUGGGUCUCCGUUCUGGCGGCGCAGAACGAGGGCCUGCCGAACUUGUUGGGAAAAUCGGAGCGUAUCCGUUCCCUGCGGUGACAAAAGGUUGCGCGGUUGCGGUGCUCCUGAAAUAAGCCCGUCCUAGUAAGGAAAGGGCAGGGAAUUGGAAAGGCAAAGAAAGCAAUCGGGGGAGACCAAAAUAAUAAUAAUAAUAAUAAAAAUUGAAAAAAAGCAGUGUUCGCUUAGAAGGGACAAGAGGCGAGGCACGGGGUUCGCUAGUUGGAUAGCCAUUUGUCUGAAGUGGUGCAGGGUUUCCUGCCUGGGCAGGGGGUUGGACUAGAAGACCUCCAAGGUCCCUUCCAACUCUGUUAUUAUGCUAUGUUAUGUUAGUUGGAUGAAGGAGCCGAAUUGCUGGAACCGCUGGAGAUGCACAACAGGCACAGAAGUUCUUUCGUUCUUAAAAACAAAACAAAACUCAAAACAGUUCUCACACUUGCAAGCUGGCACGAGGCUGACGGCUUUGAAGUUCAUUUCCAGGACUUUCCAGGCAGGGAAAACACCAGCGCUGUCUCUGCUCAGAGCAACCAGCAUCAGGAAGGGCUUGUUUGAACGUUUUAUAAGGCUACGCAAGCAGUUGAAAACUGUUGUGAGCGAUGCCUUUGCCAGGGAACUGGGCAAAAGACAAUUCACAGGUUAACCAAAACUUUGGGAAUCUGCUUAAAUCUGCUAGCCACUUUGGCUUCCUCGUGGUCACUGAAGAGGCCUGAGAAUGAGGGAAUUUUAUCUUUGGGAGAAUUUGAAUUUUAUUCAGCCGAAGGGUUGCUGCCUUCAGGAGGAAGGGGAGAUGACCAGCCUUCUAAAUAAAAUAGCACUGCAAGAACGGACAGUCAAAUUCCAAAUUUAAGGAGUCACCGGAGAGAGGGAAGAGACAGCAAGAGAGGAAUUCCCCUUCAGAGCAAAAAACAAAACCAAAAAAAGAAACUUUUAUUGUUUCUCCUGCUGGGUGGGAUGGGAACUCCUUCCUCCCUCUUGCAGGAAACAUCUGGAGAUUUAGGUCUUGGAGACCAAAAACAAAGGGAUCGUUUCCUGUGAUUUGUUGCUUCAAGAUCAAAAUCAAACCAUUUCAAAGUUGGCAGGGCCUGCACGGUGAGUGAACCAUGGAGAAAGAAAGAAAGAAAGAAAGAAAGAAAGAAAGAAAGAAAGAAAGAAAGAAAGAGAGGGAGAGAGAAAGAGAAUGAAAGAAUGAAAGAGAAAAAAGAAAGAGGGAGAAGAGAAAGAAAGAAAGAAAGAAAGAAAGAAAGAAAGAAAGAGAGGGAGAGAGAAAGAGAAUGAAAGAAUGAAAGAGAAAAAAGAAAGAGGGAGAAGAGAAAGAAAGAGGGGAGGGAGAGAGAGAUAAAGAAAGAGAGAGAGAGAAAGAAUGAAAGAGGGAGAGAGAAAAGAAAGAAAGGGAGAAAAAGAAAGAAAGAAUAAAGAGAAAGAAAGAGGGAGAGAGAGAAAGAAAGAAAGGGGAGGGAGAGAGAGAGAGAGAGAGAGAGAGAAAGAGAAAGAAAGAAAGAAAGAAAGAAAGAAAGAAAGAAAGAAAGAAAGAAAGAAAGAAAGAGAAAGACAGACAAUCUUUUGCAAUCUUAGAUGAUCAAGUUUUGGCCGAGGUUUCUUCAUCAGAGGUGCUGUGUUGACUGAACACCUUUUGGAUGAUGAAGGUUGCAAAAUUAGCGCAAGCUUUGCUGGUUUUUCCAGGACCUUUAAGGCACAAUGAUUAAUCAUCCAAUCAUCCGUCCCGUCAGGGCUUUGUCAUAACACCUUAAGAACAAAUUGGGUCCUGGGACUGUAUGUGAAAAUCAGAACUUGCUCACAGAAGGUAUAAAUGAGGAGAAUCUCUCUCACCUUCUCCCAUUUUGGGAAUUUUUUUUUUAAAAAAUCAUGUAUUAAACUUAAAACAGUUUCAUCUUCUGAACGAUGCAGAUUUCUUAAGAGAGCAGGACGGUGGGUACAUGGUGGGAACUGAUAAGCCAUCCUGCCUUGGAAGAUCAGCUGUUUCUGUUAAUAGUGUAUUAUUUUUUUUAAUACUCGUUUCUCUGUAAAAAAAAACAAAUCUGUAAUUUCUAUAAAGAAUUUGUAAUAAAAUGUUGAGAUACCAGCCUCUAAGAUCCUGUUUUCCUUAAAAAUGAUAUUCAUGGGUAUAAAGAGGUGAUGUUCGAAGAGGCGUAACAGGAAAUGUGGAAAGAAAGA